AUGCCAAUUUUAAGUCUCAGAGGGCUGCCAAAUCCACAACACCUUCUCUCUAUCAUUCCACGAUCACAGUAUCAAUCCGAAAUCGGCGCAGUAAAUGCCAAACUGAGUGAGGAAAUUUUCAUGCCGGAGUUUGAUUAUACGAAGGAGAAGGUGGCUAUUAUUGUACCGUACAGAAAUCGAAGCCAACAGCUGUACGCCUUCUUACAUCACAUGUGGCCCUUUCUCAGCAAACAGAGAAAGCAAUAUGUUCUCAUUGUUACAGAACAGGCUGGUACGACAGCCUUCAAUCGAGCCAAACUCUUUAAUGUGGCGGUUAGAGCGGUGAAGGAAAGCUCCAACGAUGACGACCAAUUAUAUGACAUAAACUGCUUCAUUCUUCACGACGUGGACAAGGUACCAAUUUCACCCUCCGUGGUCUACGAAUGUGGACAAAACUUUUGUCAUGACAUUUGCGUGACUACUAGGCCGUACUGUAUUUUCAGGAUGUACGGUGCCUUUAUGGGGGCUGCCACGGCCUUCCGGUGGGAACAUAUUAAAACCAUUAAUGGCGCCUCAAAUCUGUUCUACGGAUGGGGUGGGGAGAAUGACGACCUUCGGAUUCGCCUGAAAGCAAACAAAAUCCCCGUGGACCAGCCGCCGGCUAGAGAGGGCAUGUUCUAUGAAUUCGAACGAGAACAUCCUGCGAGUGUGGAGAACAGAAGGGAAGAUAUUGGUCUGAUGGACCCACAGAAUGCUACGCACCGAUGGAAAACUGAUGGGAUCAACCAAACGCGUUACACCCUUCUUAAGAGAAUUGAUUACAACUUUUUCAUUUGGCUUCUCGUGUCCAUUUGA